GCCUAUAUGAGCCACUCCCACGUUAAGAUUUUUUUCGUUAAAUCCUAAUGUUAGCUCAAAUAGAAUUGUUUUGGUUCCUAUUGUCUUGUUAGUGGACUGGUGUUUUCAUGUGCACAAGUUCCAUUCUAGACGCGUUUCCUGUUUUCCCUGUCUUUCAUCCGGGAAACACGUGAGUAUUUCUUUUUCCAAAUAUCAUGAUUAGAUUUAGAAUUCCGUCAUAUUUAGUGGUAUGGAAUGUAUGGAAUUAAUUUAACAGUAUGAUGUUGUUUUUCCGUUUAAAGAGUUACCGUUUUAAUAAAUAAAAGGCCGACCCAUACUGUUAUCAAUUAUGAAGUUAUUUGUCCACAAGUUCAACUGCAUUUGAAAAGGCUAUAGUUGUUAUUUUUAACAUGAGGAAAUUUAAACUAAUUGUCUGCUGUCUAAACCUUUCACUUUGGAAUCGCCUGACAAAAGAUAAUGCUGCUUCAAUGCCAAUAAGCCUAAUAGGCUAUAAUUUGUUAGGCUACUUUUCAGUCUUGACUUUGUGAGGCAAAUGAUUUAACCACAUUUAAUGGCAAUAGCCUGAAAUAUCUGCCGGCAGAGGGAGCACGGAAGCGCGCUGUCGCUUUGACAGAGAACUACGUCUGAAGACCAAGACGAGACAGAUUGCAUGUCAAUGUCUUGCGUGUGUUCAUAAUCCGUGUCUGGAUUUCAAUCGCCACUCAAAAAUGCAUUGAAGAUAUCACACGAAGUUACGCAGAUAUGUCUUGAACAGGGCAGAUGACUUUGACUCCGAAAAAAGACAGGCCUGGAGGGCUGAACGGCAGGGGCAUGUGGUGCUGAAGGGUCUUGCAGCACAUGCAUCGGCAUGACACAGGGACCCACCAAUGGUAGGAUCCACCUACCAUUUCUCCUUGUGCUCAUGGGAUAUGCAAUGGCUGGACUCCAGUUGUGGCCCUCUGUCCACGUUGCCCUGAGCAACGCUAGCGUGUUUGUGGAUUACAACACAGACUGCAAUGGCACCAGCCACAACCUCACCAUAUCUCUGGUUGACACAGGAAGUAACGCCACCUUGUUGACCAGGUACAUCCCCUACAACGAGUCGGAGGGGAGAAUUGAGUUUGACUGCUCCUGUUUUCUGUAUGCUGGGAGUUUCCGAUUCCUCAUGGAACGCACGAGUGAGCAGAGCCCCGCCAAUGGCUCGGCCACCUGGUGGUGGAGUCCAGUACUGCAGGUCAGCUGGCCUACCUUUCACAUUUCUGUGGAGCGAGCCAACAACCAUACUUCCAGCUCCUUCCAAAUCGGUGUGUCCACCAACGACCACUUCCACGCGUGUGUCGUCGACGGGGCAUCAAGGCUACUCCUGGAAGUCACCUACUUGGAGUACAAUCAAAUCGGCAAGAACAGCAUCAACAAGAUCCGAGCUCAGACGGAGCACGACAUCACGGCUCUGAAGCCUCAGCACGUGGAGCUGGGCUGCGCCUUCCCCUUCACUGAGCACGACUUCAUCAGAGUGGCCCUGAAGUCUCCCCACACCCUGCAAGAGAUCAAGACCUCCGUGCCGCUCUAUCUGUCUCGCAUCUUCCCCUACAAGCUGCUGGUGGACAGCACCCACAGGAGUGGCUGCAAGGGGACCCUGACGGUGCGCCUGGUCCCCCCGCCCUGUGCCUUCACCAGUGGGAAGGUGGUUUUGUACCGAGAUGGGCCGAGGGUCCCCUCCAGGUCCUCCACCUCUGGCGCAGAGGAAGCGGAGCUUCCUGCUCAACUGGCCUACAAAUGGCUGACACAGGGGGAGAAUGAGACUGAGUUCAACUGUUCCGUCUUCGACCCUGGAAGGAAUAAGUACUGCUUCCGAUUCGUCCUCAACUUCAGUCGUUCGCCCAGCCCAGCACAGACCUGUACACUGGUGCAGAGGUCGGCAGAGACGUGGGGUCCAUGGCAUCCCUGGAGUGGGUGCAGUGUGACCUGCGGGGAGGGCGUGCGAGAGCGCUCACGGAAGUGUCUGGUGCCCUCUAGUGGUGGGAUCCAGUGCACAGGCUUGGUGAAGGAGCAGUCUCACUGCUCUCUGGAGGAUUGUGUCGUUCCCGUUCCAGUGCCGUCUAUGCUCCCCCCUCCUGAGUCUGGCUAUCCGCUGCAGGGCAACCUGGUCGGUUUGGCAGGUAUCUCUCUGUGCUUGGCAGUGAUCGUCGCCACCAUCCUCAUCACCGUCUGGAGGAAGGUGUGCCGCGCGCCCAAAUGCAGCUCCGUGCGUCGUGGCUCCGUGCACUCGCCCGGCGGCCGAAAGUACUCCGACGAGGCGUCCAUCUGUGGCCACAGCCUCCAGCGGCCCAGCUUCUGCGACAGCAUGCAGGCCGCUCAGACCCUCCAGAAGGGCCCACCCCUCGCUGCUGCGCUGUCCAGCCCAGCUGAGAGGGCUUUUCCAGGGCACCAGCAGAGUCUCUCCCUCCCUCUCCACCUCAGCGAGGACCCGGAGAGGAAGUCUCCGUCGGGGCAGAAAGUCGUGCCACCGAUUUUCGGCUACCGUCUGGCCCAACUGCAGCUGAAGGAGAUGAAGAAACAGGGCCUCAAGGAGACCACCAAGGUCUACCACGUCUCCCAGAGCCCCGUAGACGACACCAUGCUGGAGGCUGUGGCGUCCACGCAGAGCGCUCUUACUGCCACGGCGCAGGACAGCGAAAGCCAGGAUGAGUCUAACCUAAGCCGCUUCCGCAUCAAGUCUCCGUUCCUGGACCGGCCCUGGACGCCCAAGGCCUCCACUACCCUCCCUGAUAGGCUCGUCCACAAGGCUGACUUCGGACUGGGGUCCCCGGGCUUCAACGCACAGAAGAGGGAGCGGACGGCGGACUGGGUGGAGAUGGUGGAGCGCAGCGGCAUGGGCUUCUCCAAGAACCCCAACAUCCGACGUAGCCUCAGCUUCCACGAGACCAAACUGCACCAGCAGGUCACCCCGGUGGCGACGGCGGCACGGUCCUUCCGGGAGCGGAGCAUGACCCAGGUGACUCCGCGGCAGAUCCCCGAGGGGAGCUGCAGGACACCACGGGGAGCGUGGGAGCAGCCACCCCCCAUCCAUGAGCGCGAGGCCUUGGCGCACGUCAAACCCAGAACUUCCGAAAGCACAACGGACAGCAGGAGGCGACCGUGGAUAGAAGCAUCUCCGUGUUCCAUCGACCUCAAGCCAAAGGCAGGAGGGGUAUCAAGAACCGCUUCAGCUGGAACUGACACCAGUGCCAGACCAGAGCCUGUUCCGGUCGAGAGGCACAGAGGAGAUGUACCCAGCCAGCCGGCUCUCGGGCUGAACCGGGCCGAGCAGAACUGGAGCCGCAGGGGUCCGUCGCCGAUCCACCGGACCAUCUUGGCUCGGAAGCUGCGCGAGGCCAAUGCCAAUGCUAACGCUAACGUGUCAGCGGUGUGUCAUCGCCAACGCAGCGCCACCUUCUCUGCGGCGGCGGCGCAGAAGGACCGCUGCCGAAGCCUCCCGCUGUCAGGCGACUACGGCAGUGUCAGCUCGCCCUACGGCCUCUCCGAAGCGGAGCAGCGCAUGAUCGACCUCCCGGGACACCUGGGGGAGGAGUAGGAGUAGGAGGGGGAGGAGGGGGAGGAGGGGGAGGGAGUGGAGGCACCGCCGGGAAUGCACAGGUGCACCUGAUGCUGGGUUGGCUGGGAGUGAGGUGACGCAGUGGAUCCGCAUCACGCACUGAGAUCUGGGCCAUACCAGACCAGACCAUAUGAACUGAUCAGGGAAUCAGAUUGAUUGAUCAGAUCAGAUUGAUCCAUAUUAGCUCAGGGUCAGAUGCAUUCCAGUUUGACCUACGACCUGGGCCUGUGACUCAAGGAUCCUCCGUAGCGUAGCACACUCAAAGAGCCAAAUCUGUACUAUGUGUAGCAGUCGUCUUCUUCUACUAUUAAAUAUUCUUUUUGAUAAGCAGGUAAACUACAGAAUGUUUAUUAUUCUGAUUGAUAUUUCUGAGCAUGCUUGCAUAAAUUCACUCUGAUUGUUACUCACUUCCAUAAAUGAAUGAUUGUAAAAAAGUAGAAAUGUCCUAAAUGUAGUACUUACUGUAAUAUGAGGCCACUGUGAAUUAUUUCAUGGUGUUCAGCACUUUAUAGUGUCUCAUCCAGACAGCGGGCCCUAAUGUCAUUGACGGGCAACUGGCAAUGAGUACAGCAACGAGCAAAGUCCACAGCGUUUGAACUAAAGCUAAUUUAAUAUCCUGGCUAAAUCCUUUUGCUAAUUUAAUACCAUGAGCAAGAUCCUCAGUGCAAACAUGGCCCACACGCCACGCGAUGGGGGUCAUUAGGUCAUCCGCGACAGGCUCGGCUCGUUGUCCGUCAAUGAAAUUAGAGCUCAAUAACUGAGAUCUACUUUAAGUGCAUUUGUAGCAACUCACUCGUGACCCUCAGGCCUUUCAUCUGAAGGACACUGGAGAUAACUUCAUAGGGCCUUGGGACAAAUAGAGUUGUUGGAAAAAAAACAAAAAAAAACAAGAAUGUCUUAACCUCUAUGCACAUUGUUCCAAAAGCGGAGAGUGCUGGGUAGAAGACACUGCAUUUAUUUUAUAAUGUUUCAUUUUUCAGUCUUAUCUUUUUCUUUAUCUGUUCUGUGAAUGUGCACUGUGGUCUGUCAGUUUACUAUGCACAAAGAGUCUGUUUUUUUAUUCUUUUUAUAGAAAUAUUAUGAUAUCAAACAGUUGGAUUGUAUGUGUUUUUCAUGCAAAUAGCUUAAAUGUAGAGAUGAAAACACUACCAAGGCACCACUUUAUGUCAAAUUCAAAUGCUGGUUUUAUUAUCAUUGUACUGAAAGUAAUGCAGGGUAUUAAUCACUGGUUUAAUCUAGCCAUGGAGAGUCCCAGUAACAUGACAUGCAAGAAUAAUCCCAUCAUUACCUUGGCAUGUACUAAAGAUAGCAAUGUGUUAAAAUAAACUACGCACUACGCGACAAAUUCAAAUCAACAGCUUUUGUAACUGUGGACGAACACAACUUUUGUGAAAAAAGUUUGGAGUUUUCCUGCGAGCGGUUCUUUCGGUGCUUAGACAAAGUGGGAUCCUCCAUGGUCUGCUAACCCUCAGACCCUGCUCCACUCCCCAAGCCGUCCAUGGAGUGCUAACCCUCAGACCCUGCUCCACUCCCCAAGCCGUCCAUGGAGUGCUAACCCUCAGACCCUGCUCCACUCCCCAAGCCGUCCAUGGAGUGCUGUGGGCGGACCUUCAUGGUGGUGUGUCUGAGGGAGUACCAGAGGCCUCGCCAGGUACCCCACACCACGCCGUUGUCAUUCUUCGCCUUGUACUCUCCUCCUCUGUAAAACUUUCCGUUCAGAUUGGCGGCGUGGCACCUGUGUCGGACGACAAAUAAAGACAAAUGAGAAAAGUCAUAAAGUAUUUCAAA